AUGAAUGCAGAAGAAAAUUCCGCCAACGUGUGUCUUCUCAUGUUGGAGUACGGACCAGGAAGAAGCUUAGCGAUGCGGAUUCCUUCACAAAGUGCAUCCAGGACGCUGCAAGGGAAACGUUCCCGCGCUGGUGACUUCAACCAGGAAAAGCGUCUUAGAAGGAAGCUGCAUCGUCAACUGCAACAAGACCGCGAUAACGAGUGGACGUCAAGAGCGAUGGGGUUUGAGAAGGCGUGCGAGGACAGGAACCCGCGGAAAGCCUAUGCUCUACUAAAACAGCAUAGCGGCAAAAUGAAAAGAUAUUCCCCUAUCCUCAACACUGCCAAUGGGGUAGCUGUCGGUGAAGCAACCCUUCCAAUUUGGAAGGAACACUUCAAGACCUUGCUGAACCGGCUAGCACCGUCAGCCCCUGAACUCGAACACGUUCAUAGACCGACAUACGCGGUUAACGAGGAGCCACCGACCGUGUCGGAGGUCCUGGUCUGUAUUCAAAAAAUGAAGAAUGGAAAAUCUGGCGGAGACGACGGGAUUAGCGCAGAAAUGCUAAAUUAUCUUCCUCCGUCUGGGAUUCGUGAGAUCGUGAGAUGA